AUACCGCCCACACUGUGGAAUUGACUGUGAAUGUAUUCAAGGUUGACAUUCCCAUUCUCCGCCCCUCAAAUCACGUUUUCGUUUUGAAAACUAUAAAUACCAGAGCGGUAAACUGCAUUUAGCGUUUGACAAGUUAACAGACAGACAUGGCAGCACAGGAUUUUAAUUUUUUGCUUGCGACAGAUUCAUACAAGAUCACACACUACAAGCAGUACCCGCCGAACGUGAGCAAGGUGUACUCCUACUUCGAAUGUCGCCGCAGGAAGGAGGGCCAGUUCAACGAAGUGGUGUUUUUUGGCCUGCAAUACCUCCUGAAGAAAUACCUGUCAGGACGAGUCAUCACAGAGGAGAAGAUUCAAGAGGCAAAAUUCUUCUACCAGCUACACUUCAGACAGUCAGUCUUUGAUGAGGAGGGAUGGAGAAAAGUAUUGGAGAAGUAUGAUGGUCGACUUCCCAUCCGGAUCAAAGCAGUUCCAGAAGGGAAGAUUAUUCCCAGGGGAAACGUUCUCUUCACAGUGGAAAACACGGACCCGGAUUUCUUCUGGCUCACAAACUACAUUGAGACCAUGCUGGUCCAGAUGUGGUAUCCCAUCACCGUGGCGACCAUCUCUCGGGAGUUCAAAAAGAUUCUGGCCAAGCACCUGAAGGCAACGUCAGGGAGCCUAGAGGGGCUGGAAUUCAAGCUGCACGACUUUGGCUACAGAGGUGUUUCGUCACAAGAGUCUGCGGCGCUGGGCGGGGCCGCUCACCUGGUCAACUUCUGCAGCACAGACACUGUGGCGGGCCUUCUGAUGGCCCAGCGCUACUACAGCUGCCCCAUGGCCGGCUUCUCUAUCCCUGCAGCGGAGCACAGCACUAUCAUCUCCUGGGGGCGGAGCCGGGAGAAGGACGCCUUUGAGAGCCUGCUGGACCAGUUCCCCUCAGGGCCCUUGUCCGUGGUGAGUGACAGCUAUGACAUCUUCAAGGCGUGCAGGCACAUCUGGGGGGACAAGCUGAAAGAGCGCGUGAUGGAGCGCAGCGAGGACUCCACCCUGGUGAUCCGGCCCGACUCUGGGGAUCCCGCCGAGACCAUCAUUGAGGUGAUAAAGAUUUUGGAGGACUGUUUCGGGAGCUCGGUGAACUCCGCUGGCUACAAACUGCUCCCGUCCUACCUGCGCAUCAUCCAGGGGGAUGGGAUCGACCUGCAGUCUGUGGAGGAGAUUCUGAUGAAGCUGAGCGAUGAAGGGUGGAGCGCGGAGAACGUGUUCUUUGGCUGCGGCAGCGCCCUCCUGCAGAAGCUGAACAGAGACACCCUGAACUGCGCCUUCAAAUGCAGCUACGUGGAGACCAACGGCAAGGGGAUGGAUGUGUACAAGCAGCCCGUUACGGACCCGUCCAAGGGUUCAAAGCGAGGUCGCCUGUCUCUGAGGAGGAACUCCGAUGGAUUCAUUGAGACAGUGGAGCGAGGUGUGGGCAAGCCUGAGGAGGACAUGCUGGUGACCGUGUUUGAAAACGGAUCCAUCCUGCUGGAGUACACUCUGGAGGAGAUUCGGAAGAAUGCCAGACUGCGCGAGGACGACCUGAGCCCCUCCCAGCACAACCGGGACAGCCCCAAUGCAGAGGUGCUUCACCAAAAACACAUCAUGAACGGAGUGCACUGACCAGCUAGGAUUCACAUCAACACUACGCGUGGGGGACCAAUCAGCAGCCUUUACUUCAGCCUCGCAAAGCUCCAGUCCCCGACACUAAUUUAUUAAAGCCUUAAAACCGCCUCUUCAUCGUAAUUAUAAUGUUGGGAAUGUGUAAGGUGAAAGUGAGAAUUAAGAGUGGCCGUUGGAUGAUAUUGAUGAUGGUGCUGCUGAUGAUGAUGAUGAUGACGAUGAUGCUGGUGGUCCUGGUGAUCUUGUUCUUUGGUGUCUGGGAUAGGGUGUCUUUUCUUUGUUUCCAGUGUGCAGAGCUGAAGUUCAUUUAGUUGUGGUUCUGAACUCUGAACCGAACUAAAUCUGCAGCAAGGCAUAGCUGUUCACAUUUUCACAUGGGCUUAUUCAGUCCAAAAUGACCUGCCUUAAAAAGGGUGGGAAAUGUUGCCCCACAUGCUCCCUGUCCCACCAGCACAUGGUCUUCAACAUUGCCCAUCUAUCCAAAAAUAAGUCUAGUUUAGUGAAGUCCCUGGCCCAUCAUAAUACCUAGACUGGUAUCACCACAUAUGAGGAAGUUUGAUUUUAAGCGGUCAAAAGUGGAAAUACAGCAGCUGAAGGUUUCCCAGCAUAAACUGGUCAAGUAUGGUUGCAUUUUUGCAUAUGCAUCACUGCACUGAAAACUGACUGAAUUAUAAGCUGAUUAUUAUAAGUUUACUGGUGCCUUUCGAUCUGACCACCGCCUCAGACCAGAAUAUUAACACUGGUUGACACACUUUUUUGCUUAUUAAAACGCAUCCCUAAGGUAUUUUGGUUUUAGAUUGGCUUUUUAUUAUGUUUAACCAUUCUGUAUGUACUGAUUUAAUUCUAUUUUAAUCACUCUGCAAGUUUUCUGGUGUUACGUUUGACACUUUGACAAAGUCGCAGACUGCUGCAAAUGUACUUCUCAUACCCUGGAUAGAUAGAAAUGGUAGUUUUGCAGUAUGCAGUAUGAUGAAAUCUUCCUUGAUACAAACGACUAAUCUUCAAUAUUUAAAUGAAACUUUGGACAAGAAGCAAUUAAUUCUACCUCUUUUUCUAUUAUACCUAAUACUGUAUGUUAAUACAAUACCAAUAAUACACAGGCAAAAGUGUUGUAUAUUAUGCUGUUGUGUAAAUAUUGAAAAUAUAAUCAUUUUUAGCAUGCCAGUGGCAGAAAAUUUGUCUUUGUUUUGUUUUUAAAAAAGAGUGAUAUUUUGUAUGACAACAAAAUAAAUUGAUCUUCAACCGAAA